UUUCAUAUCGAAAUGCGGUAAAAUUCCAUUUUUUUAAAAAUUGUGCUCCGAAAAAGUCGACGUAGUUUGCGAAUCCGUGUGAAAUUUAACGAUGUAAUUAUGGUGAUCGAUCGUUCCGAACUUAAUUUCAUUUUGGAAUAAUUCCCCCAUCGAAUACUUAUUGGAUCCAAGGAUUGCGAAGUGUCGAAAAAAUGGCAACACAUUUCACAGAGCUCUCCAUCGUAACGGCGAUCGAAUGUUUGAACGACGUAUACUACGAUGAAGUAGUUUGCAACAUAUUAAUCUCGAAUUUGAAUCUAAUCGAUCAACAUGGCAUAAAGGUAUCGCCAGCUUUGAAGGAAAAAUUGAGUAAUUUUAUAUCAAAUUAUUUGAAAAACUACAACACGUUUGUAGAUUUGGAGAUGGAAGAUUUCAGCCAAGUUAUAAGUUUGAUAUCGUUAUUACUCGAAUUUCAAGACUCAAACGAUCGAUGUAAAACGACAGAAAUCGUAUUACCAAGUUUACUGGCAUCGUGCGAUAAAAUUCUACAAUCUAAUACUCGUAACGACGGUGCCGAGUUGGAAAACUUAAUUAAAUAUUUUCGACUUAUCGAAACAUUAUUAAAAUGCGUAUCAAAGUUGGAAAGGAAUACUAAGAUUUAUUGCGUUCUAACUACGUUGGAAGAUUUAUUAUCGAAAACGUUUACCAUACAGAAUCAAUCUUUAUUGGUAUAUUCGUUCUCGGUGCUCGAUGCAUAUUACCAUAUCGUACCAGAAACCAGACUCGUCUAUAAAAUAUGGUCCGAAGCUGUCGCUAAUCUAUUAAAAGAACGCUCCUAUUGCGAAUUCUACUUAAUCAUGAUUUCCUACCUAGUCGGUUGCUCAUUUGGUAGAAAAGAACUGAAUGAAAUUUUAAACACAGACGAAUUUUGGACAGCUUUACAAUUAUGCCUCGAAGAUGACCAAUGUAUCCAAAAACAUGCUCUUCACGUAUUGAAAUACGCUUCGUUUAAUUUAUGCGACCAGCCUAAAUUUUGUAAGUUGAAUCAUUCGAGUGUAUUCGAUUGCGCUCAUUCGAAAGAGUAUCUCUCUUGGUGGAAGACUUAUUUCGUUAUAAUGGAGAAUUUAGACGAAAAGCAGACUCAUUUAGUCUUACCUACCUUCUCUUUGGUGAAUAAUUUACUAAACGAUGAAAUCGUAUCGAAUGAUAAAUUCUGGAUUUUGAGGUUAUUGGAAAAUGGUUUAAAACACGAUUCUAGAACGGUCAGAAUAGAAGCUCUGUUAUUUCUACUCGAUGUAAAUGUUUCUAGCUUUAAUAAACGUCAUGUUCGUUACAUUGUUCGAAUUAUGUUGACCGCAUUGAACGAUUCGUACUUAUUCAGAAAGUCUUUCAAAUUGAAUAAAUUUCAUAAUAUCAAAGAAGGAUUUGUCAAGUGCAUCUCCAACUUCGACUCCGAACAGCUGAUUAUUUUUUAUGAAAUGUUGAUACAAAUCAAGUGGUCUCCGGUGCCUUUAUUCUAUACUCUCAGAUCGAUUACCCAAACCCGUCAAAAUUUCCAAUGUCUCGAUACUAAAUUAAUUCGAAUGACCGCCGAUAUUAUCCAAAACAUCGUCAGAUACCAUAAUAUAAAAAUACGAGCUGCUAUUCAGUCUUUAUUUGUCGAAUUAAUCCUCAUGUACAGCGAGAAAAAUAACGAUACCGCGUUACAGGUUUUAACUUUAAUGAGCAAUUUUAACCAAGAAGAAUGUCUGCAGAGGAGUACCACAAGUUGGCAACAGAUCGUCGAGUAUCUUCGGCAAUCUUCAUCGUACGAAGAUUUCGAAUUGUACCUGAUGGAACACGCGAGCAAGCAAAUCGACUGCGAUGAAUCGUUAUCUGAUACCUCAGCGAGCUUCUUAGCUCGACUAACGAUUCUGCUCGAAGACGCAUUUACACCGAGUAAUUACCACAUUCGAAUCGCCGAAUGGAUGAGUUCGUUUGAAAACGUAUUACAUCGAGCUUAUCUAAAUAAAGUAAUACAAAAUAAUCGUUUGAAAUUCAUCGUGAAUUUAUUAAAAAUUGAACGUAGCUGUGUCAACGUUAAAAAUCCCCUCUUCGGAUCUUUGCGAUAUUACUCCUUAGCUGCGAAUCAUUUUACUCACUUAUUUACCUACAUCGUUAAGAGCUUAUUGGAGUGCGAUAAUUUUGAUAAAAUUGAAUUUUACGAACAUUCGCUGACCGAAUUUUCCUAUUUGUUUGAAGACAAAUUCUCGUCUUUGAUAAAUAUCUCAAAUGUACAAGACUGGCUGGUGAAAUCCAGCGAAGGAUUGAAAAACGAAUCGGUUCAUCGACGAUAUUCUUCUCUAAAAGUUAUAUCUUGGAUUUAUUUGCUAAUUUAUCGCUAUCCGCAGCUGCAUAUAAACGUAGAUAAAUGGAAAAACAUGCUGGCAGCGAGUAUGACAGAUUACGUGAAUAAUUUUCGUAUAAGAUCGUUAAAUAUCGAAGAAAUCAAUAGCUCUGGAAGGACUAAAACUGGAAAAUUAUAUUCUCGAUUUAUGAACAACUUAUGGUCUACGAUGGAAUUAUAUUUAUUUUUCGAGAAGGAAAAUAUCUUCGAAACCGUAGAAAUUUCAUCUUUAUUCGAUAUAAUUCUAAAUGCGUUGGACUUGGCUCGAAAAGAGAACCUAACUAGUCUUUUUAAAUUUUUAAAAAUUUUAUUCUCGAUGAACACCGUUUUGAAAUACGAAUCUAUAGUAUUGAAUAUGAUGAGUAUUAGUUGGAGAUUGGUCGAAGAAACUUUAACGACGCCGUUUUACACUGAUUCUUUGAAAUACUGGAUACGGGCGUUCUAUCAAGAAACAUUUUCUAGCGAAAGAAUCUAUCAAUUGAAACUUAUCGAAUACGUGAACGAGAUGCUGAAGAAGGUUGCUGAAGAUGGAGGUCAAUCCUACUACAGUAUGAUAUUAAUUUUGACCGAAUUGAGCCAAAUACCGAAUUUAUUCCAAAGAUUCCCAGACGCAGUUUCGAUUUUGAUAAAUAUUUUUUGUAUCAGUCAUAUCAAUCGUAAAGAUCAAAGAAUCGAAAAUGAAACUAUCGAGUAUAUCAGAGGAUUAGGUGAUAACGUUUCACUCAAUCAGAUAAUUAAAUUCGAUAAUGCUGAUUCAGCUGAAGAAAUGCGCCUUAUGGCAUUGAAUAUGUUACUGAAUUUUUGCAACGAAAGAAUCAACAAUGAGAAAUGGAUUGAAAUCAUGAAGCAGCUUAGUUCAUCUGACGAACUGAGCAAAAAACGUUAUUUCAAUGACUCCGCCACUCAUCGAAUAAAACACAGGAGAUUGCAGCUAUUACUGAUUUUCGAGACCGUAUUGUUCAAUGAAACAUCGUCGUUAGAAAAGUAUAAAUGCGCAGAAAAAUUAUUCACUUGUACGGUGAACAGCUUAUUAUUAGAACCUCAUCAACCAAGUGUUCGUUAUAUGUUAGAAUGGCUAUUGAUUCGUUUAAUUAUUCAUUUCGGUGGCACAUUGGAGGAUAAAUUUUGGAAGUGUUUUUUGGAGGCUUCAGAAGAAAGAAUCGGUAGCAUUUGUUCUUUCAUAUCAAUAGCUUUCCAUUUGGCCAACACUAAUGGCACCGAAUCAAUGAUCGAAAUGGCUAUUAAAUCUGUACUACCGUGGACAAUGGCUCAACAUUUCAAUGCCAGAUUAUACGCUCAAACUGUUCUCGCGAAGCUCAUGAGUAUAAAUAGUAGUAUUUCUAAGAAUUACGAUAUCAUCCGGCGAAGUUUGGAAAACAGCUUGAAAACUGGAAACGCGGUGAAAAAUUCUGUCAAAUUGCAAAAUGAUUUUUAUUUUUCGUAUUUUCAUCCGAUGGACCAUUUCUCUUUAGAAACAAUUUUAUGGCAUUUACCCAGAUUAUCAAAUAUCUGUAACGAAGAAUGGAUUCCAACUGAUUUGUACGAAAAGUUCAUCAUCACUGCACGUAAAGAUAUUCCUAUUAGAAAUAAAGAUAGCAAUUUUGCUACGUUCUCAUCAUCUUCGUGGAUUGCCAAAGCAACCUCCCCAACUCACGAUGAUGAAAAAUACUCCAAUGAUCUCAACUCUACUCUUUCGUUACAAGAAAGCCAAAAAAAAUUCAUCCCUCAAACCGAUAUACUCGCCUGGACCUCUUUAUCUGCCGACUCCAGUAAAAAUCAUAACCUAAUCGUUGUCGCGAGUUUAAUCGACAGAGCUCCCAAUUUAGGAGGAUUAACUCGAACUUGCGAAAUUUUCGCCGUAUCAGCAUUAGUCGUAAAUAAUUUAGAAGUUCUUAAAAAUAAAGAGUACACAUCGCUCAGCAUAACCGCAGAAAAACACGUCCAGAUUAACGAAGUCAAAAAGUACAAUUUAUUCGGAUACUUGAAAAAUAAAAAAGAAGAAGGAUACUGUAUUAUUGGAUUGGAACAAACCACGAAUAGUAAAAACUUGAGCGAAUUUUCGUUCCCUAAAAAAUCGGUUCUCGUUCUCGGAAAUGAAAAAGAAGGUAUUCCAGCUGAUCUGUUGUGUUUAUUCGACACCUGCGUAGAGAUUCCUCAAAAAGGAGUGAUUCGUUCUCUAAACGUACACGUUUCGGCAUCAUUGUUCAUUUGGGAGUACGCUAAACAACAUGUAUUCGGUCACUGAAAGCAAAAAGUACAAAUUACCUUCUAUAAAAAAUAUUAAGUACUGUGAUCGAUUGUGAUAUUAAUUUUUGAAAAUUGUACUUUGUUGGAUUUUUUUGUUCGCAAUCGUGAACAAGACUGGAGUAAUUUGAUGAACGUUGAAAAAAUUAGUGUUUGAAUUUUUUUUUUUUUUGAUUACAGAAGAUUUUAUUUUUUUUAUGUUGCAUUAUUAAACUUUUCUAAAUAUCA